AUGCGUGCUGCUUCUCCUCCCGCCACCGGAGCGGUCUGGACCCAAAUCCCGCGUUCCCAUAAGAAGAAGGCCCAAGUGAAUUCACAGAAUCCAAUCAAAACCCCACCGUGCCCGAAUAAGAAAUCAGCGAUCGCCAAUAUCUCCAUCUUGGUCGUCGUACUUUUUGCUUGUGGAUUUCUGCUGUUCCCAUGUCUCAAAUUCUUCUCCAACGGAUUCUCUGAUUUCUGGAAAAAGACGGUGGUUACAGUAGACGAUGAAUUGGGUAUUGCUAAUGGUUUUUAUUGGGUUAGUGGAUUUGGAUUUACGAUAGCUUGUUCUAUCUUACUUUGGAUUUUUAACUGUUGUGUUGGUAAAAAAUGUGAUAAUCCAAACUGUCGGGGCCUAAGGAAUGCUACAGAGUUUGACAUCAAGAUAGAGACAGAGGAUUGCUUGAAAAAUUUGCGUAAUUCUCCCGGUGGAGAUGGUGGGGAUAAGGGUUUCUUUGAGCUGGGUGAAGAUUACAAUAGAGAACUUGCAGCUGAAUUGAAAAAGAUGGCACCUUUGAAUGGAAGGGCUGUGCUUAUAUUCCGGGCAAAGUGUGGGUGUUCUGCUGGAAGAUUGGUAGUUUGGGGGCAAAAGAAGACACGCAAGGCAAAAAUGAAGAACCUACUGGGAGAAGGUGAUUUGUGA